AUGGUGAAAGUACCUCGUGAGGUAGGCGGGUAUGUGGUCCUUCCUUUGAAACUUCCAGCGACGGAAGCAUUCCCCAAAGAAAUCAACCAUUAUCUGUACCUGAGGCCUCACGAACCUAUGUUGCCCGACGAAGAUGCACCGAGAUCACUCUUUCUCGUGAACAUACCGAUCUCUGCGACUACCCAGUCCUUGAAAUACUUAUUGACAACCCGUCUCGAAGGAGGACGUGUUGACAAGGUCCAUUUUGCCGAUCAUGCGCCAGGAAAACCCGGGGCCGCGCCGAAAGCCAGUCGUAAGCGGAAGAGAAUGACAGCGGAAGAACUUGAAGCUGGAUUGGACAAAUACUCUUUACCCGAAGUUUUCGAUAGUCAGAUACACCCAAGUGGGUCUACUGCAAUCAUUGUCUUUGUCGACAGGUCAAGUAUGGAACUUACAUUGAAAGCCGCGCGGCGAGCUGCAAAGUCGGCCACACCGAUUACAUGGAAUGAUGGAGCAGAGAGCCUUGUCCCUCGCCUUGGUCUGACGAGAUAUGAACAUCACAAAGAGUUGCAAUUUCCAUCAAGGAAAGAAUUACUUCGAUCCGUCAACGGGUUCAUGACCGCAUAUGCACAAAUGGAAGAGUCACGGAGUCGAGAAAAUGCCCGGAAACGACAAGAGCCUGACGAAGAUGGCUUUAUUACCGUGACAAGAGGUUCCAAGGGCGGUGCUCGAAUGGACGAAGCAAAAGAACUUGCUGAAAAGCAAAAGGGGAAGAACAAGGGCGUGGAGGAUUUCUACCGCUUCCAAAUGCGUGAGAAGAGGAAGGAGCAACAGACUGAGAUGCUCAAGAAAUUCGAAGAGGACAAGCGAAAGGUCGAGGAGAUGAGACAACGACGGGGAAAAUUGACGGUCGGUGCGAAAUUCUCCCACUGGUAUCCGUCACUGCUAACGAUGAAGAAGCCGGACUAA